UAGCAAGUUCGCUCUUUGUCUCUCUCUCUCUCUCUACUUUUCAUUUCUCAUCGCAGCCUGUGUUUUUAGAGAAACCCUAGGGAGAAAAAAUUAGAAAAAAAAACAGGAGAAGCACGAGGGGAGGGUCGUCGGUGGAGGGCUGGGAUUUGUUUGAGGGGGCUUCGAUCUGUUGAUUUUGGCUAGGGAUUUUGUGAAAUCCGAGGUUGGAAAUGUCGUCGCUCAGCAGAGAAUUGGUGUUCUUAAUUCUUCAGUUCCUCGAGGAAGAGAAAUUCAAGGAGUCUGUUCACAAGCUUGAGCAAGAAUCGGGUUUUUUCUUUAACAUGAAAUAUUUCGAGGAGAAAGUACAUGCCGGUGAGUGGGAUGAAGUUGAGAAGUACUUGUCUGGAUUUACUAAAGUUGACGACAAUAGAUACUCUAUGAAGAUAUUUUUUGAAAUAAGAAAGCAGAAGUAUCUUGAAGCUCUUGACCGGCAAGACAAAGCAAAGGCAGUUGAGAUUCUGGUCAAUGACUUGAAAGUGUUUUCAACAUUUAAUGAAGAUCUAUACAAGGAAAUUACUCAGCUAUUAACACUUGGCAAUUUCAGGGAAAAUGAGCAACUUUCUAAAUAUGGCGACACAAAGACUGCUCGUAGCAUAAUGUUGAUAGAGCUGAAAAAGUUAAUUGAAGCUAAUCCUCUUUUCCGUGAAAAGCUCGUCUUUCCUACUUUGAAGUCAUCUAGAUUGAGAACCCUUAUUAAUCAAAGUCUGAAUUGGCAACACCAAUUGUGUAAGAAUCCAAGGCCAAACCCAGACAUUAAAACCUUAUUCACUGACCAUUCAUGCACUCCCCCAAAUGGGGCUCUUGCACCUACUCCUGUUAAUCUUCCCACAGCUGCAGUUGCAAAGCCUGCUGCCUACACUUCACUUGGAGCACAUGGGCCCUUCCCACCUACUGCUGCAGCUGCCAAUGCUAAUGCUCUAGCUGGUUGGAUGGCAAAUGCUGCAUCUUCAUCCGUUCAAGCAGCUGUUGUUACAGCAUCUUCAUUACCUGUCCCACCUAAUCAAGUUUCAAUUUUGAAGCGCCCAAUCACUCCUCCAGCAACGCUGGGUAUGGUUGAGUAUCAGAAUGCUGAUCAUGAACAAUUGAUGAAGCGUUUGCGUCCUGCGCAGUCAGUUGAGGAAGUUACAUAUCCUACAGUUCGUCAACAAGCAUCGUGGUCCCUGGAUGACUUGCCUAGAACUGCUGCUUUUACUUUGCACCAGGGAUCUGCUGUAACAAGCUUGGACUUUCAUCCAUCACACCAUACAUUACUUCUUGUGGGCUGCAGUAAUGGCGAGAUAACACUUUGGGAGGCUGGAAUAAGAGAGAAGUUGUGUUCAAAGCCGUUUAAGAUUUGGGAUAUACAAGCUUGUACAUUAACUUUCCAGGCUUCUGCUGCCAAGGAUGCACCAUUUUCUGUGAGCCGAGUUACCUGGAGCCCAGAUGGGACAUUUUGUGGAGCUGCAUUUUCCAAGCAUUUAAUUCAUUUGUAUGCAUAUGCCGGACCAAAUGAUUUACGCCAGCACUUGGAGAUCGAUGCUCAUGCAGGAGGAGUGAAUGACAUUGCUUUUGCUCACCCAAAUAAACAGCUUUGUGUUGUGACUUGUGGGGAUGACAAGUUGAUAAAGGUGUGGGAUUUAAAUGGAAGAAAACUAUUCAAUUUUGAAGGCCAUGAAGCACCCGUUUAUUCAAUAUGUCCUCAUCAGAAAGAGAAUAUACAGUUUAUUUUCUCUACUGCUGUUGAUGGGAAAAUCAAAGCUUGGCUUUAUGAUAAUAUGGGAUCAAGAGUUGACUAUGAUGCUCCUGGGCAUUGGUGUACCACUAUGCUAUAUAGUGCAGAUGGAAGCAGGUUAUUCUCUUGUGGAACAGGCAAAGAUGGCGACUCUUUUCUGGUGGAAUGGAAUGAAAGUGAAGGCGCAAUAAAGAGAACUUAUACUGGGUUCAGAAAGAAGUCAGCUGGUGUUGUGCAGUUUGACACAACUCAAAAUCACUUUCUGGCUGUAGGUGAAGAUAGCCAAAUAAAGUUUUGGGACAUGGAUAAUAUCAACAUACUUGCGACUACAGAUGCAGAGGGUGGUCUACCGAGUCUUCCCCGCUUGAGAUUUAAUAAAGAAGGGAAUCUGCUUGCUGUCACUACUGCUGACAAUGGAAUUAAGAUAUUAGCAAAUGCCACUGGCAUGAGAUCCUUAAGAACAGUUGAAACACAACCUUUUGAAGCAUUAAGAUCCCCACUGGAAGCAGGAGCAAUUAAGGUGUCUGGAGCUUCAGUUGCAAAUGUUGCUCCUGUAAGUUGUAAAGUGGAAAGAAGCUCUCCUGUCAGGCCAUCUCCCAUCCUUAAUGGUGUAGAUCCCAUGGCUAGAAGCAUUGAAAAGCCAAGAGCUUUGGAUGAUGUUAAUGAUAAGAUGAAACCUUGGCAGUUAACUGAAAUUGUUGACCCCGUCCAGUGCCGCAUGGUUACCAUGCCGGAUAGUGCUGAUGCUACUAACAAGGUUGCUCGCCUUCUUUAUACAAAUUCUGGUGUUGGCGUAUUGGCCCUUGGAUCGAAUGGUAUCCAGAAGCUGUGGAAGUGGAUCCGCAAUGAGCAAAAUCCUAGUGGAAAGGCCACUGCCAGUGUUAUUCCGCAACAUUGGCAACCAAACAGUGGUCUUCUUAUGACUAAUGACAUCUCAGGUGUCAACCUUGAGGAAGCUGUUCCAUGCAUUGCUCUAUCAAAGAAUGACUCUUAUGUAAUGUCAGCUGCCGGUGGAAAGGUUUCAUUGUUCAAUAUGAUGACAUUUAAGGUUAUGACCACAUUUAUGCCACCACCACCGGCUUCCACUUUCUUGGCAUUCCACCCACAAGAUAACAACAUAAUAGCAAUUGGAAUGGAGGAUUCAACAAUCCAUAUCUACAAUGUUAGGGUUGAUGAGGUGAAAUCCAAACUGAAAGGCCACCAGAAGCGCAUUACUGGAUUAGCAUUUUCCACCAACCUCAACAUAUUGGUUUCAUCUGGGGCUGAUGCUCAACUUUGCAUCUGGAGCAUCGAUACGUGGGAAAAGAGAAAGUCGGUUCCGAUACAACUGCCCGCGGGUAAAGCACCUAGUGGUGACACUCGAGUGCAGUUCCAUUCUGACCAAGUUCGCUUGCUUGUAGCCCAUGAGACACAGUUAGCAAUAUAUGAAGCCUCCAAGAUGGAACGCAUUCGCCAGUGGGUACCCCAAGACACCCUUUCCGCGCCAAUAUCAUGUGCAGCAUACUCCUGCAACAGUCAGCUUGUUUUUGCUUCCUUUUGUGAUGGUAACAUUGGAAUCUUCGAUGCUGAUACCCUAAGAUUAAGAUGCCGUGUCGCCCCAUCUGCGUAUUUGUCCCAAGCAGUAUUAAACGGGAGCCAAGCUGUAUACCCGGUGGUUGUGGCAGCACACCCUCAAGAGCCCAACCAGUUUGCCGUUGGGUUAACAGAUGGGUCCGUUAAAGUGAUAGAACCCACAGAAUCCGAAAGCAAGUGGGGAGUAUCUCCUCCUGCUGACAAUGGACUAUUAAACGGCAGGCCUGGUUCAUCAUCCACCGCAAGCAACCAUGCACCAGAUCAGGUCCAAAGAUGAAUUUUAUUAUGCGUCUCUAUCUACAGUUGUCAUGUGUAUUUUAUCAGUGUAGAUUGUAGGUAUUCAGUGGCGCUUGUGUUUCUCGUCAAAUCGAGAAUUGACACGGCUAGAAAGAUUCAUGUUGUGUGCAAUGCCUGUUCUUUACCAUGUGUAUCUUUCGACAUUCUGAUAUUAAUUUAUGUAAACUUUUUCAUCUC